CAAAAUCCCACCUCAGCGACCACCACCUCAAGGGGGCCCAGUGCAACCCCAAGGAAUGCAAUCACAAAGCCAGGAGCCAUUGCAGCCACAGCGCAUGUACCCCCCUGGCCAGUCAGCAAAGCCCUCAACUUCCCAGCCACAGCGUCCACCUGGACCUACAACUCAGCAACCACGUCCCCAGGCUCAAGGUCCUCCCAGCACCAGAUUAUCAAAGGAAGCAGAGCCACAGCCAGCUCCACAGCCAGCUCCUCAGCCAGCUCCACAGCCUGCUCCACAACAGAAGCCUCAGUCUCAUCCACAACUUAACAAGUCGCAGUCUUUGACAAAUGCCUUCAGUUUCACAGAAUCAUCCUUCUUCCGGUCAUCUGUGAAUGAAGAUGAAGCAAAAGCUGAAACUAUUCGAAACUUGAGGAAAUCCUUUGCUAGUCUUUUUUCUGAUUAGCCAGCUUCAUCCAAGUGCACCUAGCGUAUAGUCUAAAACUACUUGAAUGUUGCAUAGGUUUUGUUUUCCCUGUGACAGUACUCUUCUCUUCUGUGCUAACUGUUGUAUUAAGCAAUAUAUUAAACUUACAAAAAAAAAA